CAUUCAGUACCUCGGCGUGCGUUUGAGGGGACGGGUGGUUGGAGUGGAAGGAGUUGCCGGGCGAUAGUGCAUCACAAACGCUUUUUUCGGGAGGAUUCUUCCUAGCAAAAUUGUACUUCAAAAUAAAAUAAAGGAAUCCCUGCGACGUCUUUCUACAAAAAUUUCACAUUUAUACGCCUGUUUUAACAUCCCCGCAAGUGACGGAAUCAAGGCGUUGGUGAUAGCUAACAUUUCCCUCACGUAGCAAGCUAGCAUUAUUAGUUUACUAGCUUUGAAGCACAUUGCAACUUGACCGCCGCGGUCCCCGUCUCAACGCAGGACAGCACCUUGCUUGUGCGGUUGCACGCCAGCUAACAAAGCUAUCGAUAGUUUGCUGGAGACUGUAUCUACCUAUCUGUUGAUCCCAUUAACACCCAAGUCCCCAACCCCCUUCACCCCUCUCCCUCCACCACCCGAAACACUGGAAAUCCACAAGCGGUUGGAGAGCGGCGACGGGCCAGCGGCUGCGAAGCUGGGGGUGGUACCGGAACCGCACGGAGUCGUAGCGGCUUCAGAAAAGACCAGUCGUGGGGACCUAACGUUACCGACUACUAUGGACGGGCUGGCGGUGGAGGUUCGCGGUUCGAACGGGGCCUUCUACAAGGGGUUCAUCAAAGAUGUCCACGAAGACUCACUCACAAUAGUAUUCGAAAACAACUGGCAACCAGAGAGACAGCUGCCCUUCAGUGACGUUCGGCUGCCGCCCCCAGCCGACUACCACAAGGACAUUGGCGAGGGAGAGGAGGUGGAGGUGUACUCGAGGGCCAACGAUCAGGAGCCAUGUGGCUGGUGGCUGGCCCGGGUGAGAAUGAUGAAGGGAGAGGUGAGUCAGGGACUGUUCUACGUCAUCGAGUACGCAGCCUGCGACGCCACAUACAACGAGAUAGUCACGCACGAACGCAUCCGGCCCGUAAACCCCAACAGCCCUUCCUCCCGAAACUCCUUCCACAAGGUCCCCAUCGCCAUCCCAGAAGACCUACGGAACAUCUGUGCGAACGACAACAUCCACAAAGACUUCAGGAAAGCCAUCGGAGCCAACUGCAUUUUCUACAGUGCAGCCUCACACGAGCUCAUCGUGCUGUCAACGAACGAGACAACAGUAAAGCGUGCUGCUCUCCUGAGCGACAUGCACUUCCGCAGCAUCCGUACCAAGCUCAUGCUCAUGUCCCGCAACGAAGAAGCCACUAAACACCUUGAGACCAGUAAGCAGCUGGCGUCCGCGUACCAGGAGGAGGUGAAGGUAAGGGAAGACCUGAUGGGUCUGGCCAUUGGCUCCCACGGUGCCAACAUCCAGCAGGCUAGGAAGGUUCCCGGCGUCACCGCCAUCGAACUGGAGGAGGAGAGCUGCACCUUCAGGAUCUACGGAGAGACCCCAGAAGCAGUGAAGCUGGCCAGGGUUUUCCUGGAGUUCAAAGAAGACUACUUCCAGGUGCCCAGGAACCUCGUAGGCAAAGUGAUCGGCAAGAACGGCAAAGUCAUCCAGGAGAUUGUGGACAAGUCGGGGGUGGUGCGGGUCCGGAUCGAGGGGGACAAUGACAAAAAGCUUCCCCGUGAGGAGGUAGGCAGGCAGGGGGCUGGCAGAGAAGACACUGCCCCUAAACAAGAGGGCAUGGUCCCCUUCGUCUUUGUGGGAACUAAAGAGAACAUCAGCAACGCCCAGGCCCUACUGGAGUACCAUGUGGCCUACCUACAGGAAGUGGAGCAACUGCGUCUGGAGCGGCUGCAGAUUGACGAGCAGCUCCGUCAGAUCGGGGUGGGGUACCGUGCCCCCCCUAGUCGGGUCGGGGGCACCGGCCCCGGGGACAGGGAGAAGGGCUACCUGACAGACGAGAGCAGCAACUCCACCAACCUCCACACCUCCCGCACCUAUGGAGGCCGUGGCCGAGGACGCAGGCCCUCCAACAGCCAGUACUCUGGAUAUGGCACCAACUCUGAGCAGUCCAACGCUUCUGAGUCCGAGGACCUCAACGAGCGUGACCAGCGGCCCCGAGGCGUGGGCGGAGAUGAGAGGGGUUCCCGUCGGGGUGGCAGGGGCCGUGGAUCCAACACCGGACGGGGCCGCGGAGGACCCACCUCAAGGACUACCAACUCUAUCAGCGCAGUGCUGAGGGACCCGGACAGCAACCCGUUCUCCCUGCUGGAGGGUGAGGGUGAGCAGGGCGAUACGGACACCAGUGAGGGAGUGGGAGGAGUAGACCGCAGGAGACGCUCCCGCCGUCGCCGUAACGACCAGGAGCCGAGCGUGAUGGACGCCGCCGCCACAGAGUCAGACAGCCAGGCCGGACCCAACGAGAACGGACUGGACGAGGAGGGCCGACCCCAGCGCCGCAACAGGAGCCGCCGCCGCCGUAACCGUGGAAACCACCCCGAGGGAGGAUCCUCCAGCCGUGACAGACAGCCAGCCGAGGUGACCGUGGCAGACUACAUCUCCCGCGCCGAGUCGCAGAGCCGACAGAACCUUCCCCAGGAGACACUCGCUGCUCCCGAGCCCAAGGAGAACGGGAGCUGCGCCAAGAGGGAUGAGCUCACGGCGCCCACAAUGCGGUCCCCUAGCAACGGCAUGGCCACGCCCAGCGAGACCCUGGUCAACGGCGUCUCGUAGAGGACUAGGUCCCGCCCCCUAAAAACCCACGUCUAGAGCAAGACUUCAUGGCAAACUCUGUCCCUGCUUGCAUUUACUUAAACCUUAAAACAGAUGAGUGAAAAACAACAAAAUACCUGAUUCAUACUAUGAGCGAGAGAGGGGGAGAGAAAAAGUACAAAAAAACGACAAACGCAUCUUAAACACACGUAACGGUGUAUGUUAUCCUAUCUAUCAGUACUUAGUGCUUAUUUUAAAAAACAACUAGCUUGCCAAAAGGGCUGGUGGAUGUGACUUGAUUAUAAAAGAGAACUGAAUCACAGAAAACAGGACGAGACUUUUUUUGUUGUUGUUAUUUUUGUUUUAUUUUGAUGUUAUCACUGGUUUGGACUUGUGGUCGCUCUCCCAUUCAAACAGAUGCAUCUCUAAAAGUCCAGAGGAGAGGAGGAUAGAUGCCAACUGGAGAAAGGGAGGGAUAGGCGGAUGAGUCCAAGAGGUGAAGAACAAGUGACAGGAGUGCUACGUACCCUGGCCUAAACGUCGGUUGGUGAUGAUGGACAGACAGAUGGGAUUAUUGAUAGACAUUGUGCCUUGAAUUUGAAAAAAAGUUCAUUGUUGAGUUUUGUUUCACAGGAAAGGGGUUUUUAUUUUAUUUUUUGCUCAGAGAGAACAGACCAGUAGCGAAGGAAUGGGAGUUAAACGAGUGCAGAGGUGUUAACUGUGGUAGGACAGAAAACAAGGGAACGAGUAACUGGCCAGAGAGUCUGGUGCCAAACAAAAAAUUCAAGGCGCUUGUCCUCAGUGAGAGUGGACUGGACAGCGUUUGGGCUGUGUGUGUGUGAUUGUGUGUUUGUACGUACGUGUGCACAGUUGAGAGAGCUGGCAACCACAUGAUUAAAAUCGGGAGGGAUGAGAACGCAGAAUUCUUGGAACAUAGCCCUGGGUCAGUGGUGAGGUCAAAAAGGCAGGCGAGGCCGCUCUAUUUGCUGGGCGGGUAGGAAGAAGUGUUGCGUCACUUCCCGUCUCCAAUGUUUGACACUAGUGUCCAGGGCUGUCCCUACACAGCCUUACAGACAGACUGACCGACAAUGAGUGAUUAAGGACUUGAUGAUCUAUGGAUUGAUUUAGAUUUUAAACAAGAUAACUUUAGUGCCUCUUUCUCCUGGCCCACAAGCAGUGUGGAAUAGGGAGGUAGGGUAGCACGGCGCUCUAGCUUCCAGCCACACUAACUAAUGCCUGGGUGAACUGCAGCAUGGCGGUCUGAACGUACACGCCACGAUGACCACGAGGGGAGGGAGGUAGACUGUUGAAAUCGAGCCACGUUGUUUCACCCUUCUAGAAUGGUCCGUGUAGCGCGGGUGGGGUAGGAGACAGGCAGACUGACUGUGAUGCGCACAGCUUCAUAAGGGAUGAGUAGAGCCAUACACACGCAGGCUUACACAGAUGCACAAACCGUGCAGGACCGCACCACGACACUGUUGCAAUUCAGUCACGGGUGGUGGGGUUCAGUCAGUGUGGAUGCCUGCGCGUUGCGGUCGAAGGAGAAAUGAGUGUUUUGAGAAACUAUAAGCGAGGUGGUUGUCCUGUUCCUAAAGGUGGUGGUCGACAGGCAAGGGGCGGGAGGGAGGGGGGAGUGACUCAGAAACCCUCGGUGGCUCAUGUUACUGUCUUGGUUACCGCUCUCAACUACGUUUUGUUCUUUCCACAUAGAAAAUAUGAAAUAAAAUGGAAAUGAAAUCAACAACUGUCUUUUGAGAUGAACUGAUUGAUUUCUUCUGAGUUCGCACUAUUUUUCUAAAUCAAUCAACAAACCAACUGCAUGAUCAUUCAGCACUAGCUUUGCACGAGGGAGAGGGUUUAAGUUUCUGUUUCACCAUUAUUUCAUCCACUACUAGAACUGCUGCUAAUGUCCACCUUUGAAUGUCUUUUAGAAUCCACACCUUAGACACUUAAGUACUGUUGUGGCUUCUGAAUACCUUUCCACCACUCAAAUUCACCCACAAUAUGGCCGCCUUUUUACAAGGAUGACUAAGAAUAAAAUAAAAGCCAUCUCCUUAGUGUAAUUGUUUCCUACACUGAGUAUUACGAUAAGUAUUUAACGAGGGAAACAUUGAGCAUGAUAGGUGAUCACACAAGUAUUGAGGCUAAUUAGGGAUGGGAUGGUGUUUACUGAAUUAAAAUCACACAGAUUAAUUGACCCCUUUGGGUUCAACUGUGGGUGUUUUAAUGCGUCAGUAUGAGCAGCGCACUGAGUAUUUCUACCUUUGGUUCAUUUGUGCAUGCCUGCAUGUAAGAUUUGAGAAAGAUGGAGCACUUAGUCUUGUUUUACUGUGAAAUGUAUACCACUCAGUUGUGUUUGUUUAAUACUAUCUGCCGCUUGUGGCUCACUAUCCCCAUGUCUUUCUGGGUGGAGAGAAUGUUGACCUUUCAGUGUGUGUAUGCUAGUAGUACUGUUUCGGGACUGUCAACUCCUCAGUGUCAGGUAGGCUGGUCUUCUCACUCAUGUUCUGAUGGCAAUAAAGAAACUUCAUUUUUUGAUAA